UUCAGAACUGCAAAAUAAAACAGGAAACACAAGACUAGACUAAGAAACCACUAGAGACCUGGAUCACUGAACAGGAUAACUAAUACAGAAUAAACACAGGGAGGAACCAAGGCAUGAAACACAAGGAACAAACUGAACUAACCAAACCAUGACAGGAUUCAUCAGCACCUGUGGCAGCAGCAGCAAGUCAAGUGACCCAGCUUCAGCCCGACCGGCUUUACCUGUACAUGGAGACCCCCAGCUGGGCAGGAAACACGUUGUGUAAGUCAGGAAGCAUUGCUGUCUUCGGGAACGUGGUGUACAGCGGACUGCUGAACGACCACCUCUGGCAUUUGGGAGUGCCCCUCUUCACAAGACUGGGUAACCAAGAGGCCACCAACCCACCAGAAGCGAUGGCCCAGCCGUACACCCCAGCCCAGUACCCCCCUCCCCCACAGAAUGGCAUCCCCGCAGAGUUUGCGGCACCGCACCCGCUUCCGACACAGGACUACACCGGGCAGAGCCGGGUUCCCGAGCACGCCAUGACCCUCUACACGCCCACACAGACGCACAGCGAGCCGGCUGGCACUGACAACAGCACGCCUGCCAUCACCGCCACCACGACCGCACCGGUCAGUGUCCUCCACCACCUGCAAACACUGUUCCCAACACGCUGUCAGCAAACAGAUGAUGUGACGCAAACAGAGGGCUCUCAGCAGCUCCAGCUCCAGCACUCAGACUCUUCAGAGAAGCAGCAGCCCAAAAGGUUACAUGUCUCCAACAUUCCCUUCCGCUUCCGGGACCCCGACCUAAGGCAAAUGUUUGGGCAAUUUGGAAAGAUUUUAGAUGUGGAGAUUAUCUUUAAUGAGCGAGGAUCCAAGGUGAACAACGCAACAGCACGAGUGAUGACAAACAAAAAAGUGGCCAAUCCCUACACGAAUGGCUGGAAGCUGAAUCCAGUGGUAGGAGCUGUCUAUGGUCCUGAACUGUAUGCCGUAACAGGGUUUCCCUACCCUGCCACAGGCGCUACCGUGGCCUAUAGGGGUGCCCACUUGCGAGGUCGGGGACGGGCUGUGUACAACACAUUCCGCACAGCUCCACCACCACCACCCAUCCCAGCUUAUGGAGCGGUGGUGUACCAGGAUGGCUUCUAUGGUGCAGAGAUCUAUGGUGGAUAUGCAGCAUACAGAUUUGCCCAGCCCACCACCACCGCCGCUUACAGUGACAGCUAUGGCAGAGUCUAUGCAACAGCAGACCCCUACCACCACACGAUUGGCCCUGCUGCCACGUACAGUGUGGGGACUAUGUAAAUACAAAAGGAAGAGCUGUACUCAGUAUUGAUGGACAUCACAGAUGAAAACAACGAAGAGAGGAGAACUAGCUUUAAGAAAAUAACACAAGAAGAAGACGAGAAGGAGUCCCUCUACUGAGGCUGGCGAGGGAAUGACGGGAGGCGUACAAAGUGGCGCCGCAGCAGCGGUGUCAAAACCAGCCACAAACUUGACAGACGGAGUGAGCCAGUUUCCACCAGGGACCACCUUUUUGCCGGGUAGAAAAAGACAGAGAGAGAAUGAAAAGUGUCCCGUUAUUAUAAAACAUUUUAUUUUUCUAUACUUUUGUGAUUUACAAUGGUAAAAAGUGUGUAUAAAGCAGUAUAUAUGUACAAAUCUGUUUUUAUGUUUUUUGGUAAGGGAGAUGAACAGUUGGCCCUUGAUGCUGAUUCUGUGGUAUGCAGGAAGGAGGAGGGAGGAGCUCCCCCUCCUCUCUCUAUGGCACACUGCUCUGUCGCCGAGGUUGUGUAAAAAAACAAACAAACAAACAAACAAACAAACAAACAGAAAGGUGGCAGGGAGAGCUCGGCAUCCAGGCAGACGCACUUUCUACGCUGUACUUCCGGUGGAGUCAAAAGGUCAGCCUCCUGGUCUCACUGCUCCGCCUUCUUCCUUCCAACCUCCCCGCCCUUGACUUUCCUUCCUAACUUCCUAACUUACUUCCUUCCUUUUCCCGGGCCUGUGAUGUCGCACCUUCCCUCCUUGUUGCGGUGUCACUGACCGGCAGCGCCUACUGUUAGCAGCGUCCCUUGUGGAUACUGUCGUGAUGUCACUUUCUCCUGGCAGCACCAUUGGGCAUCCCCGCCCUCCCCAAUGGGCAGCGUCACUGGUUUACAGCGUUGGGGAGUGGGGGGGUGAGCCACGGCGGGACGGUGAGACGGUAUACAGCCGAGCCUCCCCGGUCUGCCCCUCUCCACGCCCCAGCAGAGGUCAAAGACUACGGACUAGUUAGAGAUAAAACGGCGCUGAGUCGCCGACUUUACUCACCUGCCAGACUCCGAGCCCAAGCCUUCGUGUCACUCUGCACCGACGGACGGACUUUUCAGACCAACGUGAAAACAAGGUGCGUACAACUACCAAGGAUGCACGUUUCCACCCUGACGAGAAUAACUCAUCAACGUCCAUGUAACAAAUUGAAUUAUAACCGAAUAAUCCCAUUGUACUACAUCAGCAGGUGCAUAACCAAAACACAAGCCUGAGGCAUAUAGACUAUGUCGCUAGAUAAAAAAACAUUAUAGAAAUACAGUAGUGCCCAUCCAACGGUAACAAAGGAACGAGGGCUGAAAUAUGUCGAUUUCUUUUGUCAAUGUAUUCUGAGAAUAUUUAUUUGUGUGUUUAAAAUUUUGGGUUUUUUUUUUGCAGCACUGAAAACUUUUAAAGAGGAAAAAAAAUUGAUUUGGUGGAAAGCGAAAAAUUCUUUAUAUCAGGAGAGUCACUGUAAACGUGUUUAAACAAGAAUGUUGGUUCAGUUCUUUGAAUGUACAUUAAUGUCUAGGGUGUCCAAUAAGUAUGUAUUCUUUUUCUGUAUAUAAAUAUAUAUACAUAUCUAUUAUAUGGGCUGUGGUGAUGUCAGGGAGUAGAGGGGGUGGGCAGGAAAGCCUCUGGCCCCCGAACAUAGAUAUCAGACCCCCUUUCCCCUCCCCCCUCUCCAACUAAAUAUGUCCCUGAUAUUUACUGUAACAUGUGAUCAUGUGUUAUAUGAUUGAAAGUGUGAUGGUGAUAGUGUGAACUGAUCUCCCUCCAAACCCCCCGCCCCUUUUACCACACAAACACACACACACACAAACACACACAGAUGAACACACAGUGCUACUUUUUUUUCCCCCCAUCAAAUGCAAAACAUCAUCCUCCUUUUACCCCCACAGACGCUUCAGGAAAAGAAUCAGUAAUUUGGCCCUUCAUUGGAGCUGGGAAGACUUGCUAAUUAGCGCUAGGUGUUGUGGGUGUCAGAUAAAAAGUUUAUGAAUAUUGAUUUUUCUUUUCUUACUUGAACCAAAGUAUGAUUUGAACACACAGUCUCAGUGCUCUUUGAUCAGGAGACAGCGAGACUCUGUGAUGACGGCGGAGCCCCGGAUGUGUAUUGACGUGACCCAGAUUUCAUUCGCUCAUCGCCGCUGAGGAGGGAAGAGCUCGCUGUUCUAAUCUAACGAGCCCCGCACUGAUGAAGCCAAGCUUCCUGCAGCAGCCCUCGCUUUAUGAACUGCUGUUCUCAUGCUGACCCUGGUGGGCGGGCGCUUUUAUUGCAUAUUGGAGAAAAAAAAAAAAACCUGCUGGCCCUGAAAAGAAACUUUUUUUUUUUCUCAAGGGGGCGAGCAGGUUCAGGUGAAGCACAACUUUGUUUGAGAGUUCAGGGUACACUACUUAGCUAGUAGUGGUUUUGUGUGAAUUGCUCCAAGAGGGGAAACACUUGGUUAAGCUCCUGACUUCCUGUACAAAACUACAGUGUGUACUGUUAAUAUCCUGUACAGUAAAUCUCACCUCACAACUCUUGAGUAACUUCAUCUUAUUUCAGGUUAAAAAAAAUGUUCUGAAUCAGGGCUCCUACCCACGCGACCUCUGUUCAUCUGUACACAGCUUCUCAUAUAUUACAAAGAGUAUCUAUAUCAUGGCAACUAACUGUUGUGAAGUCUAAUUGGGGUAAAGUCGGUCAUUUGUUCUCCCAUGCAGCGAUCAUAUGCAGGCUUAGCAUUUUUAUACCUGUGGGUUUGUUUCUGAGAGUCACGUGAUCCACCUGGCCUACUUAGAGGCUCGUGGUGGGUCAGGAACGACUCGGGAGCAGGGUUUGGAGUUUUUACUUUGACGGGGGACUUCCUGGGAGGCAGAGCCGCUCUGAUGAGGGGAGUUCACACACAGAGAGAGAGAGAGAUGAAGAGGCACAGUUUUGAUUUCUUUUAAUUUUACAGUUUGAUCUGAUUUCAUCCACUGAACAAUCUAUGCACUUCACAACCAAAACAGAUAUGAUGUCAUACGUGCUAGGCUACUGUUAUCUCCUUUUCAUUUGAAACGAGUACUUCAUGAAAUCAUGUGCAAUAAGGCUUGUGUUCUUUAUUUUCAUAUCCACUAAAACCCAGAAGAAGACGGACAACUUACAUCUUAGGGCUGGCUCUCAACCACUCUACAAGGGUUUCAAUGUAAGACUAAAAUCUUUAGAAGCAGCUCAUAAAUAUACACGUUUGUCUAUUUGAAGAUAACAGUGAAUAGUGCAGUUGGUGGGACUAGUUUCAGCGGCAGAUUAAUCCAAGUAUGCUGUGUAGGUUCCUUUAUGGGGUAUUUUUUAUUUACUCUGUUUUCAGAUGACGAAAAUAUUUCAUAUUUAUAUUAGGAUGCUGCUCUUUGUAUUUUUUAUUUUGCAAUAUCUGCUUAAUUUCCCCGUCUUAUCGCUAAACUCUGCCGCAGGAAGUGUCUUUUAUGUGAUUUUUAUUCCUUUUUGUGACAUAAACCAGAGUUUAGUUUGUAGCUCGUCUUCAAAUUGACGUCAGUGGUUGAUGCUCAAAUAUUUGGCAACCAUUUUUAUUUUAAAAAUACUGUUAUUGCUGAUGCACAUAUAGUAGCAAGUUCGCAGUAAGGUUAUUAUAAUGUAUAUUUUUGUUAUUAGUCGUAGUAGUCAUAGUAGCAGUAUUUAAGGUGUUGCAGUGUUUAAGUGGUAAAAAUAGCUGGAUGUAGAUUUAAUAAGCGGAUCUAAUUUGACAAAUAUAUAUAUAUGCAUAACACCAAACAUGCAAGGUAAGACUCAUAAGCAGGGGUGCUGCACAGGGUGGAAAAGUCAGGGCGAUAGUUAGGAGCGUGUAAAAAAAAUUUGGAACUUCCUGUUUUCACGGGCCUUGUGGUGCCCCUGCACACAAAGUCAGACAUAUCAGCACAUCACUUCUUUUAUUAUACUUUUUUUUUUAACUUAUUUGAAUAUGCAUCAUUUAAAAAAAAGAUCAUUAUAUGUAUGUAUCUGUGUAACAAUAGCCGUAAUCAGUAUCAAGAACUUGUUGUGUUAGCUCAUGCAGGACAGGCAGCUGAUUGAAUCAUCACAACAAGGCGGUGCAUUUAAACACACUCACUUUAACUCACUUCUUAAAAGUUACAUGCAAAACUCCCUGCGUCUCAAAACCGAACAUAACCGAUGUUAUAAAACACAUCUGAAAUAUAGCAUUGGCUUAAGUUUGCAUGGCUGAAAUUGCAGAGCUUUAUUUUUCACAUUAAAGGAAAAACAAAGAUACUCCAGUGAGGCUUGUUUCUCUCACUAAGCAUCAUGGGAUUUGUAGUUAAAUAACAAAACAUGUCGUUAUAGACACACCUGAUUUAUUAUUCAUUCGUCUCAGCAUCAGUGGUAGGGCGUGAAUCCAUUUUUUUUUUUGUCCUACAUUUGAGGCGUUCUUUGCCUCUUUUUAAUUUGUCCAGUUGGUUUUGAAGUCUCAUAAAACUGUGGCUCUUUGUGUCUCUGCUCUUAAACCUUCUGCUCCCCGGUGAAGCUCUGCCUCUAAAAAGACCCCGUCUGAAUCCUCCAGCCUCGCUCCUCAGCAGCGGGAUGGAGCGAGGAGCAGGGUUACAGCCACCCUCCCUUCCUUCCUCCCUCCCUUUCCUUCAGAUGCCUUCAGUGUAAUGAACUGGUCCUGAUCUUCCUGAGCACAACUGCUUGAGCUGUGACACUCGCAGGAUGCCCCCCUUCCCCCCCUUUUGAGAGUCCCCCCCUGACUACCUUACACCCUCCUCCCCUCCAUCCCAAACCUCCCCUCUUUGCCUUCUAGUGUGUGAGUCGACUGGCCCCUUUUGUAUUCCUGGUGUUCUGUACAUAAUUACCCCUCACCCCCUCUCUUUCCCUCACCCGUUCCCGACUCCUCCCCCCUACCUGUCCUUUCAGGGGGCAAAAGAAAAAAAAAACGACAUCCUCUGACUCCCCGAAAUCUUGUAUUUUGUUCUAAUAAUGACAAAAUUUAUUUAUAAGGAUUUUCUAAAAUCUAUCUCUUUCUCCUUUUUGUAAAUGUUCCAGUUAAAUAAAGUUUAAAAUGUUAAAAAAUUUAAUGGAUAUAUUGAAAGGUUAAAAAAUGUCUCUAGAAGUCCCUGCCCCCCUCCUCUGGCUCUGUACUCUGAACUUUGUGUUUUUGUUUUUUCUCUUUCUGUAUGCUUCUCUUUACGUGCUUCAGAUGAAGAGUUCUAUUUAUUAUGACAUUAACGUUAUUAUAAUUAUGACUAAUUAUUAAUAUUAUCAUCAUCCUCAUCAUCCUCAUUAUUAUCAUUAAUAAACUUGUCUACUUCA